AUUAAAUUCGGUUUAUUUAUUUAUUAAAAUAUUCCGGUCUAUCUGGCAUCAGUGUUGGAAUCGAUAAUGAGCCAACAUGGCGGUGAACCAUAACAAAUAAACAUACUUCAAAAUAUUCGUCGCGUGUCUUCCCCCCCGUGUGAACCGUGUAGUUAGUUAUCAUCGGUACAAAUGAGCCCGGUUUUCAACGUGUUCUGGGUGCCAAAACUAUAAGAAAACCGGUUGAAUAAGUGACAUUUGAUGGUUUUACUAGUAUUUCCGUAGGCGUUUUAAUUGGGAAAAGUGAAAUCUCAGCAAUAGAGUCGAAGUUUAUUGAGAAAUCACUGCAUUUAUUUGAUCGUGAACAAAUCCACAGAAGGUAAAAGACCUGCUCUACGUGAUUUGUAUGUGACAGUUUAGCAGCAGAACCGGAGUAAGUAAAUUUUUUAUUGUUGAGUAAGAAUCUGCAAAAAAAAAUGGAACUUGCCGGUAUCCAAUUCGCCCCCCUUUCCGUCCCCAUGGAGAGACGUCUCCAGACCUUAGCCGCGGGAGUCGGGUUCGUCUGGCUAAUAUUUGGCGGAUUUAUUUGCCUCUUUUUAUCGAUAUAUUUAAUACUUUUCACACGUUUUUGGUGGAUCACCUCGCUGUACCUUUUGUGGAUCCUUUUAUGGGAUGUGAACGUUUCCGAAAGGGGCGGCAGACAAAUCCAAUGGGUCAGAAACUGGAGAUGGUGGAAAUACAUGAAAGACUAUUUUCCGGUAACCUUGGAACGCGUGCCGUGGGUCGAACUCGACCCCAAGAAAAACUACUUGUUUUGCGUAUUUCCGCACGGACUGUUAUCCUUAGGGGUGGUUUGCAGCUUCGGCAAUAACUAUGGGGAAUUUAAGACGUAUUUCCCGCAUCAUACCGCGCACGUGGUUACGCUCUCGCAACACUACGUGAUGCCGUUUUUCCGGGAAAUGGGGUUGGCUUUGGGGGGCAUUUCGGCGGAAGCGAGAUCGAUUCAGCACGUGCUCGAACGCCCUGAAGGGGGCCACGUGUGUGUUCUGAUGCCCGGCGGGGCUCAGGAGAGUUACUAUUGUAAACCCGGACAGUACCGGAUCAUUCUGAACCGAAGGAAGGGCUUUAUUAAGUUGGCGUUGAAAAAUGGCACCCCUCUCGUUCCGGUGUUGUCUUUUGGGGAAACUGACACUUUCGAUCAAGUUGAGGGGGAAACGUUAAAGAAAAUCCAGGAAUUCAUUAGAAAGUGGAUCGGUAUCGCUCCGGUGGUGCCUGUGGGACGUGGAUUUUUCCAAUAUACGUUCGGCAUGGUGCCUAGAAGAAAACCCAUUCAUGUAGUUGUUGGUAGUCCAGUGGAUGUGCCGAAAAUCGAAAACCCCACACGCGAACAAGUAGAAGAGUACCACGGAAAGUUCGUCGAACAUUUGCAACAAAUGUUUGAAGAACAGAAGUUCCAUUACCUCGAAGACCCCGAAAACACGAAACUGGUUAUCGAAUGCUGAACUCGCGUUGAAUAUGCUCAAUACUGUUUUACGUAUUAUAUAAUUAUGUAUCAAAAAAAAAAGUAUUUUAAAGACUGUUUUUUAGUAAGUUAAGGAGUCAAACACGAUCGUGCCUUUAUUAGUUCUUUAAGGACAUUUUUAAGUGUAUUUUAAGUACUGUUUUUCUUGUUAUUGAAUGCAAUAAAUGUUUUUAAGAAGA